GUAUUGUAAUCUUUGCUCAGUCCAACGUGGUCCCUUCACCCGGGCUCCGCUCUUGCCUUCUCCACACUUGUUUGAUUUAUGAGGAAUCCAAGAUGAAUUUGGAGCAGGAGAGGCCGUUUGUUUGCAGUGCGCCCGGCUGCUCCCAGCGCUUCCCAACAGAGGACCAUCUGAUGAUUCAUAGGCACAAGCAUGAAAUGACUUUGAAGUUUCCCUCAAUAAAAACAGACAAUAUGUUAUCAGAUCAGACUCCGACCCCAACGAGAUUCCUGAAGAACUGCGAGGAAGUGGGGCUGUUCAGUGAGCUGGACUGCUCCCUGGAGCACGAGUUCAGGAAGGCUCAGGAGGAAGAGAGCAGCAAGCGGAAUAUCUCGAUGCAUAACGCGGUUGGUGGGGCCAUGGCGGGGCCUGGAGCUCACCAGCUCGGCAGCACCCGGAUGCCCAGCCAUGACACCAGCGUUGUGAUUCAGCAAGCCAUGCCGUCACCCCAGUCCAGCUCUGUCAUCACACAGGCACCUUCCACCAACCGCCAGAUCGGGCCUGUCCCAGGCUCUCUAUCUUCCCUGCUACAUCUUCACAACAGACAGAGACAGCCUAUGCCAGCCUCCAUGCCCGGGACCCUGCCCAACCCCACCAUGCCAGGAUCUUCCGCCGUCUUGAUGCCAAUGGAGAGACAAAUGUCAGUGAACUCCAACCUCCUGGGAAUGCAAGGUCCAAAUCUCAGCAACCCCUGUGCUUCUCCCCAAGUCCAGCCAAUGCAUUCAGAAGCCAAAAUGAGGUUGAAGGCUGCGUUGACCCAUCACCCGGCUGCCAUGUCAAACGGGAAUAUGAACACCAUGGGACACAUGAUGGAAAUGAUGGGCUCCCGGCAGGACCAGACGCCACACCACCACAUGCACUCCCACCCACAUCAGCACCAGACACUGCCAGCCCAUCACCCCUACCCGCACCAGCACCAGCACCCAGCACACCAUCCUCAUCCUCAACCCCAUCACCAGCAGAACCACCCACACCAUCACUCCCACUCCCACCUUCAUGCACACCCAGCACAUCACCAGACCUCGCCACACCCACCCCUGCACUCCGGCAACCAAGCACAGCAGGUCUCACCAGCGACACAACAGAUGCAGCCCACCCAGACGAUACAGCCGCCCCAGCCCACAGGGGGGCGCCGGCGAAGGGUGGUGGAUGAGGAUCCCGACGAAAGGCGGAGGAAAUUUCUGGAACGGAACCGGGCCGCCGCCACCCGCUGCAGACAGAAGAGGAAGGUCUGGGUGAUGUCACUGGAAAAGAAAGCAGAAGAACUCACCCAGACAAACAUGCAGCUUCAGAACGAAGUGUCCAUGUUGAAAAAUGAAGUGGCACAGCUGAAACAGUUGUUGUUAACGCAUAAAGACUGCCCCAUAACAGCCAUGCAGAAAGAAUCACAAGGAUAUCUAAGUCCAGAGAGUAGCCCUCCCGCCAGCCCUGUCCCCACGUGCUCUCAGCAGCAAGUCAUCCAGCAUAAUACCAUCACCACUUCCUCGGCCGUCAGCGAGGUGGUAGGAAGCUCCACCCUCAGUCAGCUCACCACUCACAGAACAGACCUGAAUCCGAUUCUCUAAAACCCGAGGGUCAGACCUUGCCUCCAAGAAGAGCUGUCGCGUUUCCUGCGUCCUUUCUUUUAAGGGCAUUUUUAGAAUUCACUCAGACCUGGACGACUCCUCAGCCCUUCGAAGACUGGCUUUCAUUUUUAUAGUUAUUAUUGGAAAUGUUGUCUUUUAUACUUAGUUAUAUAAGAAAAAAAAGGGAGUUAUGCAAUUAAUAAUCUAUCCGCUUGGGAAAUGCUUCGGUGCUUUUCUCCAAUUUUCUGGUACCGGUUUCUUGUUUAUAAACUGAACUCUUUCUGUAUAUAGUCAUUGUUUCAUUCUUAUCAGUCCAACCCUUUGCCUAAGAAAUGGUGAAUCUUGUUAAACCGCAGCUUUUAGCCAAAAUGAGGCUUACCUAGAUGUCCAGUAAACAGAUUGCAAGGCAACUGGGGGAGAGGUCUGAUGACAUCAUAACUCAUGUUGAGUUUGCUGUGAUGUCACCAGAAUCCCCCACAACUCUUUUAUCAUAAAAAAGUGUAAGACCCAUCGACAUCCACAUAAAACCACCAAGCAUCUUACCACCUCUCCUCCUCCUCUUGGUCCACUUCCUAGAAUGCCCAAAUUCCCUUUUGUACUUUUACCUCUGGGCUCCCUGUUGACUCUUCAUUUUUACUUUCUUCUGUUGUAGUCCCCCCCCCCCCUUUAGCAUUGCAUGUAAAGAAGAAAAUAAUAUUUAAA